CAGCUGGUAAUGCGCAUAUCGCUCACUGCUCACAGCUCACUCUAGGAAUUGCCCUAUGUAGUUUAAUCAUCAUGGCCCAUUUUUUUGACUAUAAAAAAAAAAAUAUUUUUUUAAUCACAGACUCUCAGAUUUCUAGCAAGCUCUGCCCCAGCUCAUACUCUCUCUCUCUCACUCACACCGUCUAACCCCUUUACUGGUUUUCUAAAGAUUGUUGCUUGGCUUUUCAUGUGAUAGGAAAAAGAAAAAAAGAAAAAGGGUAGGCUUUCUGGGUGGUGUAGAAUAAUGUUAGGUAGUCGGACUUCGUUUUCGCGAUAUGGAAGCUUUCGGCCUGAGAAUUUAGGCCAACAUGCCCUUGCCAUGAUUGGAAACCUUUGCUUCACGCUUUUUGUGCUUGGGGUCUUGAUCUUCACCAUUAUUGCUGCUACUUAUGAACCCGAAGAUCCUUUGUUUCACCCAACAACCAAGAUCACCACCUUCCUCACAUCCACCUCCAAUGCCACUUUCAAAUCUGAUAACACUGUAGUUAGGACUGGUGAGGAUUUCAUGGCUGCCAAUCAAUCUGCAUUCUCUACUUUCAUUAAUAUAACCGAUGUUGCCACUGUAACCGAAGGCGAAAACAUGGUUGUUAAUGAUGCGAACCCUUCUGAAUGUGAUGGCAAUGUGGAUAGCCCCAUUGACUGUAGGGACCCAGAAGUGUUCCAUUUGAUGAUGACAGCCACAAUAGAAGCGUUUAAGGAUAUUCAUUUUUAUAGGUUUGGGAAACCAGUUCGUGGAUCCAAUGAGAGCACAUGCGAUAUGGCCUGGCGGUUUAGGCCUAAAGAAGGGAAAGCUGCUGCUUUUUACAAGGAUUAUCGGAGGUUUGUGAUUUUGAAAUCUGCAAAUUGUACUCUAAGUGUAGGUGGGAUUGGAGAUUACCACAGUGGUGGGAAUGCGAGGAAGAGGAAGAGGAAUCAGAAGCCAGGGUUUGAGAAGACACCUGCAAAACUAGAAGGAGCUAAUGCUCUGCCCGUUGUUGGGGAGAUUGUGAAUGAUACCCUUCCGGUGGUUGAGUCUGAAGGAUCGUUUAGUCAUGGUAAGUACUUGAUUUAUGUAGGUGGUGGAGAUAGAUGCAAGAGCAUGAACCAUUACUUGUGGAGUUUCCUUUGUGCUUUGGGUGAAGCUCAAUAUCUGAACAGAACUUUGGUUAUGGAUUUGAGUAUAUGUCUAUCUUCAAUAUAUACUUCAUCCAACCAGGACGAGGAAGGGAAAGAUUUCAGGUUUUACUUUGAUUUUGAACAUUUGAAAGAGUCUGCAUCUGUGUUAGACCAGGGGCAGUUUUGGUCAGAUUGGAACAAAUGGCAGAAGAAAGAUGGGCUGAAUCUUCAUCUUGUGGAGGAUUUUAGGGUCACACCUGUGAAACUUAUGGAAGUCAAAGAUACUUUGAUUAUGAGGAAGUUUGGGUCUGUGGAACCAGAUAAUUAUUGGUAUAGAGUGUGUGAAGGAGAGACAGAGUCAGUUGUUCAGCGGCCUUGGCAUUUGUUAUGGAAAUCAAGAAGAUUGAUGGAUAUAGUGUCGGCAAUCUCAUCAAAAUUGAAUUGGGAUUAUGACUCUGUACAUAUUGUGAGAGGAGAUAAGGCAAGGAACAAGGAGCUCUGGCCCAACCUUGAUACAGAUACAUCGCCUGAUAGGCUGCUCUCAACCUUGCAGGAGAAAAUUGAAGAUGGCAGGAACCUUUAUAUUGCAACAAAUGAACCUGAUACAUCUUUCUUUGACCCUUUGAAAGACAAGUACUCUACUCAUUUCCUUGAUGAGUACAAAGAACUUUGGGAUGAGAACAGUGAGUGGUACUCUGAAACAACGAAACUAAACAAUGGUGUUCCGGUUGAAUUUGAUGGUUACAUGAGGGUUUCAGUUGAUACAGAAGUGUUCUUGAGAGGGAAAAAGCAGAUUGAAACUUUUAAUGAUCUCACUAAUGAUUGCAAGGACGGUAUCAACACUUGCAGCAAAUCGGUGAGCUAGUCCCAAACACACAAGAGGUUUGAAAUUUGUUAUUUGCUAUAUUGGAGAAAUAUCACGUGUACUUUUAGCUAUUUCCUUUGUUGCAUUUGAGAAAUUGUAAAACUUUAAUUGAUAGUUUUUAGUGUGAAGUAGCAUUACCAUGAGUUUUGUACCUGUAGAAAUGCUAGUGCCAUCACUGGGAAUGUUGUGAGCUUUAAGUUGAAUAUUGAGUUUGUUUUUGUUCA